CAUCCCUGAAUACAAUCAAUCGGAUACGACUUCACGACGCCAAAGACAGUGGUGCCGGUACGGACCCCAAAACACGGAUGCUAUUUUAUUUCCGUCGGGUCGAAUGGUUGCCGAUUUGAAAAAAGGAUGCUUUUCUUUUCCUCACCUGGGACAAGGAAGAGCUGUAUUUCUGGAACAGGAAAAUAACGCUUGACAACAAAGAGGUUUGCUGAAAUUUCUGAACUGCUGCUUUGGAGACUGCUGUCAUUUUUAAGUAGCGCAAACAAGCACCAAAGGACAUUCCAGGAAGUAACUACACUGUUGUUUUUGUUCUUGUCUUGAAUUGCACGUGUGCAAAAACGGAAAGAAAAAGAAAUAACUAGGCUACAUAAUCUAGAAGCGGAAAUAACAAGCUGGACUAAUCAUUUGUGUACAGAAAUAUAUUUACAUGUAGCAGUGAGGACGGUUAUUUCAUUCACCCCGUUCUCUCCGUGCGUAACACGUGAGCGCAAUCUUGAUGCUGCUGUAGUCAUAAAUUAUUUUUGAGUUUUUCUCUCUGAACUAUUUUCAAGGCGGAUUCGCCAAAGUGAUUUUUAUAUUUAUAUCUUACCGAGCUCUUACUUUUUUUGUAACCAAAUAAUUCCUAAAUGAACAACCGCGCACUGUGAUCAGUGACAGUUGGCAAAGAUAUUUUCAACGCCAGCUGACAGCAUCAACCGCUACCUGACCAAAAGGAAUCGUGCGUUGCUGCUGAAACGCACCAGCCAGUAAACCACCAAGUGCCGUCGUAAGGGGAUCCAACAACUCAAUCAGCGCAAUGAGUGAUGGACCGAGGCAACGCGGGACCACGUCGGAGUCCAACGGCGGGGACGCUGGAUCCGACGCUGGGGGUGGAGGAGUCGCCCUGAAGAAAGAAAUUGGACUUGUUAGUGCUUGUGGCAUUAUCGUUGGUAACAUCAUCGGCUCGGGUAUCUUUGUGAGCCCCAAGGGGGUGCUGGAGAAUGCCAGCUCGGUGGGCCUGGCCCUCAUUGUCUGGAUCAUCACGGGCGUCAUCACUGCCAUCGGAGCUCUCUGCUACGCCGAGCUGGGCGUCACCAUCCCCAAGUCCGGAGGAGACUACUCCUACGUCAAGGAUAUCUUCGGCGGCCUGGCCGGGUUCCUGCGUCUGUGGAUCGCCGUGCUGGUCAUCUACCCCACCAACCAGGCCGUGAUCGCCCUGACCUUCUCCAACUACGUGCUGCAGCCCCUCUUCCCCACCUGCUUCCCCCCCGAGAACGGCCUGAGACUCCUGGCCGCCGUCUGCCUACUGCUGCUGACGUGGGUGAACUGCUCCAGUGUGCGCUGGGCCACCAGGGUGCAGGACAUGUUCACGGCCGGCAAGCUGCUAGCCCUGGCCCUCAUCAUCAUCAUGGGCAUCGUGCAGAUCUGCAAGGGAGAGUACUACUGGCUGGAGCCUGCCCAUGCCUUUGAGCCCUUCCAGGAGUAUGACGUGGGCCUGAUUGCGUUGGCGUUCCUACAAGGCUCCUUCGCCUACGGAGGAUGGAACUUCCUCAACUACGUGACUGAGGAGCUGGUUGACCCCUAUGUAAACCUACCUCGUGCCAUCUUCAUCUCCAUUCCCCUGGUGACCUUUGUUUACGUCUUUGCCAACAUCGCCUACGUCACCGCCAUGAGCCCCCAGGAGCUGCUGGCUUCCAACGCUGUCGCUGUGACAUUCGGUGAGAAGCUGCUGGGAGUCAUGUCCUGGAUCAUGCCCAUCUCUGUGGCUCUCUCCACCUUCGGAGGGGUCAACGGAUCCCUCUUCACCUCGUCCCGGUUGUUCUUCGCGGGAGCCAGAGAGGGCCACCUCCCCAGUCUGCUGGCCAUGAUCCACGUCAAGCGCUGCACCCCCAUCCCAGCCCUCCUCUUCACCUGCCUGUCGACGCUGCUGAUGCUGUGCACCAGUGACAUGUACACGCUCAUCAACUACGUGGGCUUCAUCAACUACCUCUUCUACGGGGUGACCGUCGCCGGGCAGAUCGUCCUGCGCUUCAAGGAGCCAGACAUCCACCGGCCAAUCAAGAUCAGCCUGGUGUGGCCCGUCAUCUACCUGCUGUUCUGGGCCUUCCUGCUCAUCUUCUCCCUCUGGUCUGAGCCCGUGGUGUGUGGCAUUGGCCUGGCCAUCAUGCUCACUGGCGUGCCCGUCUACUUCCUGGGCGUCUACUGGGACAACAAGCCACAGUGCUUCAACACCUUCGUCGACAAGAUGACGUACGUGGGGCAGAAGUUCUGUGUGGUGGUCUACCCGGCCGAGACCAAGAAGAACGAUGACGAGGGACUGGAGAUGAGAGAGGAGAAGUCACCUCUGUCCGGAGAGGACACGCCGAAGUCCGAUUGCUAAAACACCACAAAAGUCAUCACAACAUCAUCCAUCCACUCCAAGAAAACACACACACACACAUACAAACACACAUUACAGUAUACACACUAGAUCACCUGGAAGAAAGAAAGAAAAAAAAUAGACACUGCCUUUGCCGGUAACACGCUUGUCUUUAUAAAUCGAAUCACAUGCCGAUGGACAGGACACGUUAAGGGUUGAGAUGAGAUGAGAUGAGGUGAUUUGGGGGCUUUUCUGAGGGUUUGGGGAGAUGCUGGAGCCUUUAGAAGACAUCUCAAUAUCUGUUCCCCAGUCAGGGCUGGACGGUCAUCUGGGCAUAUUAUAGGGUGUUUUCGCGGUAGGCCAACAAUGUGUGAGGGGACGCUCCCAGUCCCAGUCCCAGUCCCAGUCCAGCCCGGUCUCCAGUCCUUUCCUUCGGCCUCCUACCUCAGUGUCGCCCCCUCCUCCCGUGGAGGACAUAAAAGAAGGGACCAGGAGGGAGGAUGGGAGGAAUAAAGCAGCACCAUGUGCAUGCAUGCUGGCCCCGCUUAUCUGGCGCCUCCCUCCGCCCCACCGUCCUCAUCCCGUCAACUUAACGCGGUUUGAGACGUCGCAUCCUCGAUGACAUCAGACAGAGGUGUCAAUCCCGGGUUCGGGCAGUCAAAAUCCUACAAGUUUGAUCCAUCCAAUCAGCUACUUGUUGAAGUCACUUGUGUUGGCAGGGGUUUUACUACCUGGACCUGGAAUUGACACCUCUGACAUCGAGCCUUGAGGCAUGAGGCUGAAGGAGGCCACUGGAGGAGAGAUAUUGAUAUAUGGCCUUACCAGCUGAUCUUGUCACUGAACACACUACCUCUCUUAGUAGUUCCCCCCAUCCCCCAGCAGCUGCAAAUAGGCCCCCUGGAAUCGUGUCAGGUUCUCUCUCUCUCUCUCUCUCUCUCUCUCUCUCUCUCUCUCUCUCUCUCUCUCUCUCUCUCUCUCUCUCUCUCUCUCUCUCUCUCUCUCUCUCACACCCACACAAAUUUAUUUUCCGCGUCUUCUUUUUCAUCCCUUCUGUGUUUCACACACUCCCGUCACACUCCAAAGUUAAGGUAUUCUGACUACAUCGCAUCUUUGACUUAAUUUUUUUUAUAUACUAUACAUAUAACAGAUCUAACAGAUUCAUCAGUCAUAGUAUUAUCUAUUUGUGAUCAAUGUCAUGGCAUCAACACACAGAGAACAGUAUGUUGUAAUGUAAAACAAGCAUGAUUCCAAAUGUUUCAAAUGUUUUUUCUUUUCUUUUGUAAUUGUGUUAAUUGUUUUAUCAUGUGAAUUUAUUAUGACUUGUGACAUUAAUGUUAUUUUGUUAUCCGUUUCAUUCAUUGUUUCUUUUUUUUAUUCAUGGUCACUGCUGGGCUCUACUUAUUGUCUCUCAGCAGCACAUGUGUAGAGGUGUGAUAAGGUUCAGUGCCUCAGUAAUUUCUGUGAAAAAAAGUAGUUCCAGCUCCUUUAAUUGCCUUAAUUAUGACAUAAUAUGUACUUAGGUAUCUAUUUUGCUGUUGACGUUAGUGCUAUCACAAGAUUUCUUUCAAGAGAUACCUAUUCUUGAGGUGAGGAAUAGAUUACACUGUAGACAGCAGGUGAAAAGGAGCAAAAAAGAAGGACACACUGUCAAAACAGGAACACCUGUCAAAGCAAGUUCAGACAUGUUGAGAAAGGGUAAACUGGUCCAACAUCUUCAAAAACAUGCAAACGAUAUUGUGAAUAGAUGUAUCCAUGCAUAGCAAUGGAUAUGUGUGCAGAACAGUGCACACAUGCCAAAGUAAAUGAGAUGUUUUUUUGUAUGGUGGAAUAUUAAUGUCCACUUUUUUAUUUCUAUGCAAAGCAAUAUGUCUAUUAUAUACAGUAUAUAAAACUGUUUAUAUACAGUAAAUAAUAUAUGUGUAGUUUUACAAUGAAGAUGUCCACUUUUUUUUUUUUUUUAACUACUUAUCAAGCUGAUAGAAUGGAAAAAAACAUUAAGGUACAUAUUAACAAUUCUACUUUUAAGGGUCAUGGAUAGACCAUGAUGGGAUGGGUGUAGUUUUAUUGUAUAUGUAGCAGCUGGACGGUCUGACUGGCCACAGAGAGAGACAGCGACUCGGGGAGGCCCGCCAGCAUCACUGCCCUCUUUUGACAAACAAACCCAGGCCCACUGAUUUACAUUUCCAGUAGAGUGAACUGCUUGCUGUCCUACAUCACUGUAAAAAACACUUCUCACACCUUUACAGAAGCAUGUCCUCUAGUCUACACUGUCAAUUUCAACAGGAGCUUACCCAAAGUAAAUGUAAAGUAAAUGUGUGUCAGUACACUGACAAAUAAAAGCCAUUUUAUUACUAAUUGUUCACAAAAAUGUUUCCUGUGGUGUAAAAAACAAUCAAGUUGUUAAGUUGGUGACUUGGAGACCAACCUAAUGGUCUUAUCAUGGGUUCAAAGUCAAAGCUGAAGAAAUAGGCACAGGCUCCUCUACAAGCUCAGUGUAGCGAAUACCACACAUAUAAUCUUUUUUUAUCUUCAAAAUAUCCUCACCAAUUGCCUAAAUCACACUCCUACGUCUGAUCAGAGGACUUCAAGAUUGUCUUGACGUGUCCUUUGGUCAAAGGUGUCAGUUGUGCUGGUGGAUAGAGUCUGUGUGAGUGAAUGUGUGUGAGCUUAUCGGAGUCACAGGGUUUUGAGAUGGAUUGAAUUGAAUUGAAUCUCAUUUGAGAAGAACAUUUGUGAGGCUAAGUCUUUAGCUGCUGACGCAUUUGUUUGAGGGAGUUCUUCCUUGCAUAUAGGCAUUUUUAAUUCACUGACAUAUGGUGGUAAUCUCAUUCACAAUGAAUUCAUAUCAUGAUAAAAGUAACCACAGAGCAUAGGUAUUCAUUUUUGUUGUUUUUUUUUUUGCAUAUUUUUUGCAUCUAAUAACUGUAUCACUGUGAAAUCUCACUCACAUGCUACACUGUAAAUUGUGCAGAGUUGAUUCAACACGUUGAGAGUUGGAACAAGGCUCUUCAGUGUUAAAUGUAACUCAUAGGUGCUCAGUCAACACAGCAAAAUAUGUAUCAUUAUCUAGCUCAGUAAUUGCUUCACCUUGUGCUGGAUAAGGUAAGGCCACUGGGCACUCCAGAAGUGCUGACUACGCUGCCUGACUGCACACCGAUUACUUGCCUUCACAAACCAAACAAAUGCUGCAAACAAAACGUUCCUGGUAGCAGUCACAUAUGGGGUGCUACGGCCAUACAAGUGAUUGUUCCGACACUAAUUAAGUUUAAUUCUGAUAGGCCAUCUGGUGCCAAGGCUUGGCUCAGCGUGCAGGUGAACAGUGAACGCCAAACAAACCCCCAACCCUUCUCCCCAUCAGUACCUUUACAAAAUGACUCAUUGCAAAAGAUGUGUGACGUGUAUCAAAUGUUGAAUGUUGUACCUAGUAAGUCAUGGUUUUCUUUUUCUAUUCUUUUUUUAAAGGUAGAAAAUUGAUUGGAGAGUGGUGUUUUCACCAAAAUGUCCUGUACAUAGACAAAUAAAUCUGUAAAUG